GAGUCACAAAAUCAGAUAAAAUUUAAUAAAAAGUUAUUAGACUUUGAUUACGGAGACGACGAGGAAGAGGAUGAGAAGGGAGAGACGCCCACCGAAGCCGAGCCCCCAUUACGGAGUGCCGGCGAUGAUAAUAACGUGGCGAACCCGUUGGCCAUCAGUAUGGCCCAGAAUUUGCUGUCAAACCCGGAACUAUUACAACAGUUACAGCAAAUGCAGAAAACAAUACAACAGACGGAGCUCUUGAAGAUGAGUAUAUCCGAGUUGGAAGCGCACGGUUUGCCUAAUUUGGGCCAACAGUCGGCCGGCGCUCAAAGCGGUCAACAGUAUAUGUCGUCAUUUCAAGCACAACAGCAACAGUCGUCGCAACCAAACCAGACGUUAAUGAAUAGCGAAAACAAUAAUAAUAUGAAUUCUGAUGAGAAUCGCAAACACAAUGAAUUAAAUAUGAAUUUUGAGUCUUUGGAGCAAAAACUCGCUAAUAAUGAUAGCAAUCAAUUAAAUCCCAAUUUAAAUCCAAAUGACAAUAGUUUUCAAUAUUUGCAAAACGCAAACAAUUUCGGUCCGCAAAUGCGUGCGAAUGACAUGAGUUAUGCUUUAAAUAAUAGUAUAAUAGACGCGCAACCAUACCAUCAACAGCACAACCAACCGAACCAACCAUUUCAUCAACAGCUGCCCCAACAGGACAUGAAUGACAGGUCGGGCGACGACGACCGGAGUUCAAGAAGAUCGCGGUUUAGUAGUCGUUACCGCGACAGGUCUGACAGAUCCCGGUCCCGAUCGCCACGCAGUAGUCGACGGGAUAGAGACCGCGACGCCGGCAGGAGAUCCUAUCGGUCGCGGAGUAGAUCUCCGCGUAAUUCACGGUUCAAUGAUAGGGCCCGUUCUCCACAGACUUAUGAAAGGGAACGGGAGAGGGAGAGAAGACGUAAAGGGCUGCCGCCCAUAAGGAAGGGCUAUCUCGCCAUCUGUUCGACCACUUUAUGGUUAGGACACGUCCCCAAACUUGUCUCCGAAGCUGAUCUCAGCGACACUUUCGGCGAAUUCGGAGCCAUUAAUAGCAUUGAUGUAAAUGAGAGUCCAUUCCCUUUCGUAUCAAACUUUUUAUAA